CUGUGUUGUGGGCCAGUCACAGUAAACCAAGCCCGUGUUUCAAACCUUUUUCUUUAGCAUUCUUCUUUCUUUCUUUCUUUUGAAUUUGAUUCGGCAAAGUUGAUUUCAAUUCAAUUUGAUUUCCCCCUUUUUCUUCUCCACGUUUGUGCCUGCAACCUCAAAUACCGAUUAGGGUUCAUGCUACACUGAACUUGGUUUCGGUGUUCCAAGUUAGUUAGAGGCAUUGUUGCUUGCAUAGAUCUCUGAUCUGAAAAUGAGUGCGUCGAGGUUCAUUAAGUGCGUCACCGUCGGCGACGGUGCUGUCGGCAAAACCUGCUUGUUGAUUUCCUACACCAGCAACACUUUUCCCACGGACUAUGUGCCCACCGUUUUUGACAAUUUCAGUGCUAAUGUGGUGGUGGAUGGAAGCACCGUAAACCUAGGAUUGUGGGAUACAGCUGGUCAGGAGGAUUACAAUAGAUUAAGACCCUUGAGCUAUCGAGGAGCUGAUGUCUUCAUACUUGCCUUUUCUCUCAUAAGCAAGGCUAGCUAUGAAAAUAUUGCAAAGAAGUGGAUCCCUGAACUAAGGCAUUAUGCCCCUGGUGUUCCAAUAAUUCUCGUUGGAACAAAGUUAGAUCUUCGGGAUGAUAAGCAAUUUUUUAUGGACCAUCCUGGUGCAGUGCCAAUUACUACAGCACAGGGAGAAGAAUUGAGAAAGCUGAUUGGUGCUCCGGCCUACAUUGAGUGUAGUUCCAAAACGCAACAGAACGUGAAAGCUGUCUUUGACGCGGCAAUCAAAGUGGUUAUCCAACCACCAAAGCUAAAGAAAAAGAGAAAAACACAGAAAGCUUGCUCCAUAUUAUGAUUGAGAAUCAGAAAUUAACAGUAGGCAGUGACUGUUUGACCAAUCUUCACUGCUGCCUCUCCAUCAAUUUGUAUUAUUUUGUUCCUUGUCCUCCCUCUGUAGUUUGCAGGAAGUUGUGUACAGUUUGAACUAGCAUUGUAGGAUCAUGCCUCAUUUCAUACUUUGUAACUACAAUGAACUUAAUUAUAUAACUGUCGAUUUCCUUUCUAUCUUUAUUA